AUGGCCGCUCGCCUCGCAAGCCAGUCAAUCCACAUAACAACAACCCCAAUGCCACGUUCCUUAACAGAAAGCAAACAAAUCCUGUCCGCGCUCCAGAAAUUCGGCGAAGUAGUGACCUUCCGCAACCUCAAGUACGACACAACAAACACAUCCCCAAACCCUGCCUCCCGAUCUAUAAUUGCGAUUUUCGAAUCGCCCUCCUCCGCAUCGCAAGCCAUCGCCGCCUCCCCACUCACAAUCCCUCUUGUUCAACCGCCACCACAACCCCAGUCGCAAUCGUAUCUACCGCCUAGAGAACCAGGAACGCCGUCCCCGGAUCCCUGGGCCUCGAGUGAAAAUGCCGCCGUCCAGUCUCAUAUCACCUGUACUAUCCAGCCGUCGCGACAUAACCAUGAGUCUGCGCUGCGGCGGAACCCGUUCCAUACGUUGUUCCAUGUUAAUGGGAAGAGUUGGCAGGCGAGGGAUUUGGUGAAAACUGGGAUUCCGCUGAGGGAGUUGGCGGAUGUGCCCCUGGCGAGGAAGAGUCAUGAGCCGUUUAGGGUGAAGAGGAAGGUGCAGGCGGAGAAUGAGCGGUUGGGGGCUACGAGUUUGAUGGCGCUUUAUGAGGGAGGGCUUAGGGGGGAAGAGGGUGGGGAUGGGUCGAAUUCUGGGGAGAGGACGGUUGAGGGUAAGGACAUGGAGGUGGAUUGA